AUGCUCACAGAGUCUAUCGUGGAGCGUGCGACGCAAAAACACGGACCGGCCAGCACCACCAAACCGAACAGCAGCAGCGGCAGGAGUGUCGCCAGGCGCAACCGGAUCGCCGCCACCGGCGACCAACGGCUUGCUGGAGCCGCGGCCAAACCGGCCCCAUCCGUGUCUCCGCGCACGCUAGUGCAGCGGAUCCGCAGCCACCUGCGGCGACGGGCGCGCAAACUGACGCGCAACUCGUGCUGCUCGUCGCAGGAUAAUCUCGGUGCGUCCGAGUACCGCAAGGAUCGCCGGGUGCACGGCCUCCAGCUACCGCUGCAUCCGCUCCAACUGCUCGGCUGGUUCGCCCUCGCACUGUUCGGUGGCUCCACGUUCGGUGUGCUGAUUCCGGUGCUGGAGCCCACCCUUCAGACACCGCUGUACGUCGGUCUCACCGCGCUCUACGCCCUGCACGGGCUGUCGCACCUGACGGCCCUGCUGCUCGAUCCGGCCGACCCGGAGCUGCGCCGGCUGCCGUCCAGCAAAACCGUCGUGCCCGAGUUUGACCGCACCAAGCACUCGCACGUGAUCGAGAACGGCCGCUGCCACCUGUGCAACAUCCGGACGACGAGCCCGCGGACGAAGCACUGCAGCGUGUGCAACAAGUGCGUCGGCACGUUCGACCAUCACUGCAAAUGGUUAAACCACUGCGUCGGCGGACGGAACUAUGUUGCCUUCCUUAUGUGCGUGGUGAGCGCGGUCACUGCGGCGCUGGUCAUCCUGGCCGCUGCCAUCAUCGAGAUCGUGCUGUACCAUGUGCAGCCCGGCUGGCUGAACCUCGCCUGGUUCGGGCUCCCGGCGGUGCCGGCCGCGGACCAGUCCUCUACCAUUUCCACCACCGCCGUCGUGCCGCAGGACGACACCACCAUCGCGGAUGGCGGCAGUGGCACGGGCGGCCUUUUUGAAAAUCUCACCACCUCGGCACAGGACCUCCUGCUCAAUGGCACGGUGAUUGGGAUCUUCAUCGGUGGCGGCGGAGAUGCGGCUGCCAACGGAACCGAGGGGUCGCCGGCGGCGACCGACGGCGCCGAAAGCCAGCUGACCGGCAUCGGACUGCACAACACGGUGUUUCUCGUGUUCAUCGCAUCGCUCGGAAUUCUGGCCGCCAUCGCGGCCGGACUGCUGCUGCAUCUGUGCUGCUUUCACGUGUACAUUUCCUUCCUCGGCCUCACCACCUACGAGUACAUCCGGAACAAUCGGCAAGCGGCGGCCCAGAAUGGAGCGGCUCCGGAAACGCAGCUACCGAAUGGUCCGCUCGGCCCCAAGCACCCGUUAGCUCACCGGUGCCGGGCCUGUGGCUGGCUGGCGAACUGUGACCACGCCGACGGACGUCGCAAGUUUCCCCCCGACACGAUCAACCAAAAGUCACCCGAGGCUGAUCCACUUCCGCCGCUGGCGAUACCACCCGGGCAGCUGAACGAUCUGAAUCGCGUCCGGCCACGGACCCUGCACUGUUGCGACAGUACCUCGACCGAGUGUCGGAACAACAUUACCGCUGCCGGGUUAAGGACACUGUCGACCAAUGUGGCUUCCUCGUCAUCGACGACCAGCUGCCCUCACGAAGAGUCGGACGAUGGGGUCGAUCAGAAGGAGGCGGGUUCGCGUACGUUCCACUGUUGCUCACAGUACAGCCGCCAGCUGGCGGCCCACCAUUCCUCGACGAUGACGACGAACAACAACCAGCAACAACAGCUGCACCAUCACGGCAGCAACGACUUUCUGGCCGCGGCCACGGCCGCAACGCUGAUGGCCACCACCAUGACGACGCUGACGACGACCACCACUACGUCGGAGGAAGCGUACGUGCAGUACACGGAGCGCUGCACUUUCUGCAGCUUUCAGGUGCAGAAACCGUCGCCUCACGGGCAGGAAGUUCCGGCCGAGCGUCCUGAAGAUCGUCCCCAGCAGCAUCAUCAGCGCGAUCUGUGCCACCAUCCGCUGCGUGCCGGUGGUAAGGCUUCGGUGACGGACGGAGUGACUUGCUGUGCGACCACGUCCGGUAAACACCACCGCUGGAAGAGGAAGUGGAACUGCUGCUCGAGCGUUCCCGACAGUCCGGAUGUACCGCCGAUGGUGGCGACCGGCGGCGAAGCGGUUGGCAUCGUGCGGACCAUCUCCGGGACGCUCUCGGUGGCCGCGUCCCGAUCGGUGCUGAGUGCCAGUGCCGGCGGUCUUCCGUCGAUCACGACCGUGGCCGAGCAGCAGCACCAGCAACCGAAAUAUCGUACCCGUUACCGACAGCAGCAGCCGCAGCAGGAACAGAUAUCCUAUGCCACCGCCGAGUCACCGCGACUCCUGCGGUCAGAACUGAUGUAUAAUGAAAACUGUGCCAACAAUAACUCUGUUAGUAGCAACGCUAGUGUUAGUGUUAGUCGAACCCCCCCUAGCCCGUGUCGAAGUCCACGGUCACCUCGGGCGCGGCGGUGUAACGAUAACGGGAACCGGAUCUACGGCGAUGAUGAUUCCCCGAUCCAGAUUCUCCACUCCGAUGCCAAUGGAAACGAGCUGGCGCUUGAUGGAGGCGGUGUAGAGAGUGGUACGUUGCCACCGGCGUCGCCACCACCGCUUACAGCAUCCCAGCAGGCGGCCAACGUUUCGCCAGCCCCGAAGCGUCCCCGGGCGAGACUUGUAAGGCCCUGGCCCGUGGUGCGUCUGCGGCAUAUGAUACGCAUGAUCGAUCGCUACCGAAGACCACGAGCCCGAUCGGCCAGUGCGUCGUCGACCGCGAGCUGUCCCGGCGGAAGUGGCUCUAGCCCGUCUACCGGUGGUCCUUCGUCGGCCGGCGGCACAUUCACCCCACCCAAGCAGAACCAGAUAAGACCGAUGUCCUCGUGCGAGUAUGCCAGUGCGCUACUAUCAGUACCGGGAUUCGGAGCGUCGGUGUUGGCUGCCGCCGCGUCAUCUUUUGCGUCCGAAGCAAUGGCCCCGGGAACUGGCCCAUCCGUCACGAUGUCCAACGAUCCGGACCGACCGAUGGCAAUCACAAUGCCGGUUCUGCCGCCACCGACACGUCGCCGGCUGAAGGGUGGCGGUGGAGGGAUCAGCGAACCGCUGCCCGAGCUACUGGUCGAUGUCGAUCAGCAUUCGCCGCCGCCGUCAGGGUCGGGAUCGGGGGUCCGAGUUCCGGUCCAUCCACCGCUAGCGUACCGUAGAAGCCGCCGGAAGAACGUGCUCCGCAAUCGCAGCCCCACGCUGUCACCGAUACACGAGUCCGGGCUGUCGAAUCCAACCUCGCCGCUGCCCUGCCGGCACGUCUGUGCACCCGUCACACCAAGCUCUGGCUCUGGCACCACCGGAACCACGGGCAACCUGUUGAUCCGCCAAAUGGAGUCCGGCGCUUCGCCACCGGUCCAUACCGGCUACUCCGACCCAUCGCCCUGA